AUGGCUGAGAAAGAUCAAACUGAAAUUGGUCUUGAAAUUCAGGCUCUACUUUUGAAUAUGGCUGAUUGCAAUAAAACAAUAGACCGAAAGUUUGUGGAGUUUUUGCUUAGAAAUAAACAUGAAGCUGAAGCAAUCCAGGCUGAAAUCGAAGCACUGAAGAAAUUUCAAGAAAACGAAAACAAAAGACGGACUGCGUUAACGGCACAGUUUCAUCAACCAGACGAAAGCUGGGCCAAUCUUGAAGUGAAGAAAGAAGAUACUGGUGGAAUUAUAGGAUUCAAUCCAUCUGGUGAUAGUGGUUAUGGUGAAAGAGGGGAACAAGAAAUGUCUUCUUUGAGUGGCUACAGCAGAGAAACUGAAGACUUGAAGAAACGUGAUUCUGUUCAAGAAGAGUCUGUCCGUGCAAGUAGGGAACAAGAAAGGCAAAGAAUGGUACUGGGAAAUGGAGAUAAUGAAAAGGGAAGUGAUGUUAAUAAACUGGAACGACCAGUUAUGCCUUCUUCGACCAGUGACAUAAGAGAUGCAGAAGAAGAUACGAAAAAAUCGGUGCCUGGAAGUGGAGAAGGCAAUGAAUCCAAGAAAGAAGGUUAUGUGAAAUUGACGAAUGGGGUGAAGAAAGUAGAGAGAUUGAAAAGAAAAAAGGUUAAGUUUGUUCUACCCGAAAGUUCUUAUAAGAAGCUUACUUUUCAUACCAAAAUCAAAGAAUUCAGUGGAAAGAUACGUCCAUUGAUGCGUAAAUUCAAGAAAGUUCAACACGAUGUGGAAAAGAUUAGUCUUGUGAAGUGGCUGAAUGGCUAUGUUAAAUCACCUGAAGAUUGGGAGUCUGCCAAAACAAUGAAGGCUACAACGGUUAAGCUGGCAGCCAAGCUCUCUAAUCUGCUCGUUAAUCUCAUGUUUUUUCUAUCAGAUAUGAAAGAAAUGGCAUCAAAGUUUCAAGCGUUGAAUUCUUCUCUCAAAUGGCUAAAUGAAGAUGGGGAUUAUAUAGUAACAAGCAGGAUUCAUGCUCUCCUGGAUUUCAUAGAUCAAGAAAUCCGAAGCGAACAAAGAUCAAAGAAGUUAGAGUCAGAUGAAGGAAACUCAAUGACGAAGCAUGUCGAUCGUGACAGUAAUGCAUUGAAGGAAGGCUUAUUUGAUGAGAACCAAGUUAAUCAACUCAUUCAUCAGUUCUUCAAUGAAAUUCUCCGUUUGGAAAAUAUUCUAAAGCAUCAAGGAGAAUCAGAUACAAAGAUGUCAUUAAAGUAUUUAUCAUCUUCACUAGAAUCUGACCUCAAGGAAUGUGAGAGGGAAUUGAACAAGAUAGAAUCAAGGAUGAAUGAAUUGAAAGCAUUAUGCGGAUGCAACUUGAGAGCUGAUGAUCUGAAUAUGGAUCUGAAAAUAGAGUUGAAGAUAAAUGAAUUGUGGGACUUAAAGGAAGAUGCAAACCAAACGAGAUUGAAGAAGCUUAAUUCAAGCUGA